GCACCAUACCUAGCUUCCUCGCAGACUCUUUGUCAGAUCAAUGUGUCACGUGAACAGUACGAAGAUUCUCUCAUGUGAUCCUUCCAGUUUUUGAUAGCUGUACGAUAAACAGCUCGUACUGUCGUUGGCUCUCCAUUCAUUCGCGAACUUUUCAAAGAACAUAAUCAGAAAACAAAAAAAAACAAUGGGUGCAUCCGCGAUACCUGUAGCAGCCUUCACGCUCAUCUGGGGUGCCGUGGUAUUUCUUGGAGUAGCUCUACCACUUUUCGUUCCUAAGGGACCAAACCGUGGGAUACUUCAAGUUCUAUUGGUCUUGACAGGCUUCACAUGCUGGUUAUUCUGGCUGUGCUGCUACAUGGCACAGAUGAAUCCAUUGAUUGGACCAAAAUUAGAAAAUAUAACCAUAUUGGUUAUGGCUCGAGAAUGGGGCCAUCCCAUUGAACAAUAAUGUUCUAUUGUAGAAACUCCUGAUUUCAAGAAUAUGCAUCCAUUCUUCGUCGUUAUUUUUAACGAAAAUGUAUAAUUAUAGAUGUAAAA